GAUAGGUACAACGUAUACUGGGAUGAAAUGGAUGGCUCUGAGUAUUUAUAUCAGAGGAAAACAUUCCAGCAGAAGAGAGACUUCUUCCAAAAGAUGGAGGCUCAAGGGAUUCGAGUGAAAUCGCUGAAACCACCUUCUAAAAUUCUACUACCAGCUCCUGUAACAAAGCCAGAAAGUGACAAUGACAGCGAUGAGGAACCUCCAGAGCCACCGGAACCAGAACCACAGCCAGAAAUACCAUCUCCAAAGGCACCACCCAUUGUACCCCUUCCUCCACCUAAAUCAGAAGGUGCUCCAGUAAAAGAGACAAAGAAGGUCGCUGAAGUGAAAUCUGCGCCUAGACGACAACCCAGCAGAGAAAUAAGAGAGAUAAUAAAGAUGUAUCAAAGUCGUCCCCAAGAAGAACCGAAACCCUACGAACCAGUCAGGAGAACAACCCAAACCUUCCUAAAGAAGAAAGACCCCAAAGAAGAGGCCCUGGAGAGACUCCGGAACUCUGCCCCUCCUUCAAAUGGGGCACCACCUCUUCCUCCUCCACUUUUUCCUGCAGAAAAGAGCGAGCCAUCAAAUUCUAUUCGAGAGAAGCAAAAGCCACUUUUAGGACUCUUUUCAUCUGGCUUAAUACCACCAGUCCCAGUUCAGGCUCCAAGGGGUACAGGGCGAACUCUUGAAGGUGACCACACCACUAGGUCAGCUCUCAUCAAACAUAGUGCCAGUGUCUACUUCUCCUACAGUGAUGUAAACUGGAGACUAUAUGUGCGGAAGGAAAUCUUCUAUCCGAAAGAAAAAUUCACUCAUCCAUAUUAUUUGAACCUUCUGUGUGAGCAGAUAAUUCGUGACACAUUCUCAGACUCUGGUUUCAAGCUGUCUAAAGAGGAGAGACAGAAGAUGAAAGACUUCUUAAAUGACCACCAUGUGGGAAGUGAUGCCAGCUCCAUCACAGAAGAGUCUAUUAAGAAACGUAUUGUUAUAGCUGCUCGGGAUAACUGGGAAAAUUAUUUUUCCCGCCUCUUCCCUGUCACAGUUAUCAGCAUGACAGCUGGGAUUAACUGGCUAACAAAUUACCAAGGCUCCAGUUGA